GCACACAAACAUCAUCAUCUCUUGAUCUAUCUUUCAAUCUCUUGUUGAUCUUCCCCCAAAAAGAAAAAGAAGAAGAAGAUUAGAAUGGCAUCCAAAGAAAUGCUGAUCAUAAUCUCGGUCUUAACUACUACACUCGUCGGUUUAGCAGUAGCUACUGACCACACCAUUGGUGGUCCUAGUGGUUGGACUGUAGGAGCUAGUCUUCGAACUUGGGCUGCAGGACAAACAUUUGCUGUCGGAGACAAUCUUGUUUUCUCCUACCCUGCUGCGUUCCACGACGUCGUUGAAGUCACAAAACCCGAAUUCGAUAGCUGUCAAGCGGUUAAACCGCUUAUAACGUUUGCUAAUGGAAACUCCUUGGUUCCUCUUACUACUCCUGGAAAAAGGUACUUCAUUUGUGGAAUGCCGGGACAUUGUAGCCAAGGGAUGAAACUUGAAGUAAACGUUGUUCCAACCGCAACCGCAGUACCAACCGCACCGCUUCCAAACACCGUUCCGUCUCUAAACGCGCCUUCACCUUCUUCUGUUCUACCUAUUCAACCUCUUUUACCUCUUAACCCUGUCCCCAUUCUCUCUCCGCCUUCUUCUACUCCACUUCCUUCCUCCUCUCUGCCUCUCAUUCCUCCACUUUCUCCGGCACUAUCUCCGGCUACUCCAGCGGGGGCUUCUUUGCCGUUGUUCCCAGGCUCACCAGGUAGCUCUAGCAGCACAUCCACCAAAACCGUCGGGACCUUCCCUUCUAGUACUACCGAUACAACGGCCGAUCUUGCUGGCACAGGCUCUCCUCCGGCUGACUCCUCAGAUGCCGCGAAAACACUUGUUUUGGGAUUUGGAUUCAUGGUUGCUAUGAUUCUUCAUUUGUUCUAAGUGUUUCUUUUAAGUGGAGAGAGAUUUGUUUGCGGAGGGAAUCUUGUUUGUGUUUACUUUCUUUUGUUGUAUAUGAGAAAAUGUGUUGCUUUUUGGGGUACUCUAUUGUGUAUUUAUAUUUGCCACUAUGUUAUCCGUUUAUUAACAAAUAUUACAUUGUUAC